CCGGGUGACGUCAUGAGCCGGGUGUUUGACGGGGUGUCUGCCGCAGCGCCAGGAAUACAUGAGUACAAAUAUGACCGACGAUGACCUCGAACACAUCGUGUGUUGGUGUUUUACUCUCGUCGUUUAGCAUUCGACAAAGUUAAACAGGCGAUUUUAUCAUCUGUUUUUAGAUUAAAUCCGUGCGUUUGGUGUAGGUCAUUAGCCACGAGCCGUUUGUUAUCUCGAGAGCGCGACACAUCCAACGCGUCUCUGUUUAGAGGCUCGCCUCCAACCUUAAGCUAUAGCCCUUUCUGUACACUGAAAUAUGGACAAGGCCGAUUCAAUGAUGGAUCAGAAAGGAACGGCUCCUUGCUGCACAAACGGAAUGCACAAGCCACUCCGGCGACAGCUGAGCAACGGGAGCUGCAGCCCGUUCAGUCCGACGGAGGAUAAUCACCACCAUCUUCACCACGACCCUCAAACCAACGGCUCUCCGGCGAAAAGGUGUCGGUUACGGAGGCGAAUGGAAUCAGCGAAGAAAAACAGACCGCCUUUUCCAUGGUUUGGAAUGGAUAUCGGUGGUACUUUAGUAAAGCUUGUUUACUUCGAGCCAAAAGACAUCACUGCAGAAGAGGAGCUGGAAGAGGUGGAGAAUCUGAAGAGCAUACGCAGGUACCUCACCUCCAACACGGCCUAUGGCAAAACCGGCGUCCGUGAUGUACACCUGGAGCUACACAACCUGACAAUCUGCGGUCGCACAGGGAACCUUCACUUCAUCCGCUUCCCCACCGCUGCUAUGCACAGAUUCAUCCAGAUGGGCAGAGAUAAGCACUUCUCCAGCCUGCACACCACACUGUGUGCCACCGGUGGCGGGGCAUACAAGUUUGAGAACGACUUCAGAACGAUGGCAGACCUAGAGCUGCUGAAGUUGGAUGAGCUGGACUGUCUGAUCCAGGGGCUGCUGUACAUAGACUCGGUUGGUUUUAACAGUCAUCCUGAGUGCUAUUACUUUGAGAACCCCUCCGACACACAGAACUGCAUCAAGAAACCCUGCUGUCUUGACAACCUUUUUCCCAUGUUGCUGGUCAACAUUGGCUCAGGCGUCAGCAUUCUAGCAGUGUACACCAAGGACAACUACAAACGAGUGACAGGCACCAGUCUUGGUGGAGGGACGUUUUUGGGGCUUUGCUGCCUGUUGACUGGUUGUGAGACAUUUGAAGAGGCCCUUGAAAUGGCCAGCAAAGGGGACAGCACCAAUGUGGACAAACUGGUGAAGGACAUCUAUGGAGGAGACUACCAGCGCUUCGGCCUGCAAGGGUCCGCCGUGGCUUCAAGCUUUGGCCACAUGAUGAGCAAAGAGAAGAGGGACAGUAUUUCUAAAGAGGACUUGGCCCGAGCCACACUCGUCACUAUCACCAACAACAUUGGCUCCAUUGCACGCAUGUGUGCGGUUAAUGAGAAGAUUGAACAUGUUGUGUUUGUGGGGAACUUUCUGCGUAUAAACACUUUGUCGACAAAGCUUCUUGCCUAUGCCAUGGACUUCUGGUCCAAGGGCCAGCUGAGGGCCCUUUUCCUGGAACAUGAGGGAUACUUUGGAGCCGUCGGUGCUUUUCUAGACCUGCUGAAGUCGGCUGAUAACGCAUAAAGGAAAUCAUCAUCUCCUAUGAUCCAGAAGCUGCUUUAAGACUUCCACACAGAAGCUCCAACAGGAAAACUGGAAUACUGGGAACACUGGGGAAAUUUAAUAGAAGCCAUUAUAGUAAUUAAUCUGUAAAUAACCCUUAAAAUAAGAUUCUAAAUAAUAUUUGUUUGACUAACUUACUCUCCCUCAGACUUCAACUUUUUUCCUUUUAUACUGUUUGUAAAUCUCAUUGUGUAGUGAACAGGGAGAGUUUAUAUGGUGGCCAAAACCUGCUGUGUUAAGUUUUUGCUAUGGUGAGAGUAUUCAGCGUUAACUGCUUUCUGUUUCUAGGCCUGGUUCAAUAAUGGACCUUUCAGAGGUUUUUUUUUUUUGGUGUUAAACUGCUGUUCAGACCCCAAAUGAUGUUUGACACACUGUUCAAGUUGAUUUUCAAGUCUCUGGUCUGUGUUAAAUGUGUGCAGACUACUUGUAGUAAAGGCAUUGGUCUUUACACAGCAUAGAUCAACCUUUUUCCGGUUGUAUCUCCUUUCACUCUUCCUCUUCACUACAAUUAACAGUUUUCCAUGCAUUUAUAUGCAUGAAAGUAAU